AUGUGCAUGGACACCUACCGUCCUAAUGUUUCUGUGUGCUUCCGUUUCCGCAUAUCUAUCUUUAUCAGUUUCCGGUGUUGCCGGAUUCUUUGUGUCUGCCCUGUUUUCCCUCUCUUUCUUUACUGUUUUCAGCUUUCUCACUGUUAUUAUUAUUGUUACAGUUAUUGCUAUUAUCAUUUUUAUUUAACCCUGAUCUGGACGUAUUUGCUGCGGUUACGAAGUUUAGGGCGCAGUCGUACAUCAUUUCCUCUCUUUCGUUUUCAGCGUGCAGGGUAUUUACUUCCAUCCACGAUAACUGUCUGUAUGAUGUCCACUGAAUCCCUUGAGUGCUGUGAGUGUUCAUUGCCUGUGGGCAAUGAAGGGAAAAUGCGGGCCGUUUUGCUUGUUCCGUGUCAACAUGUCCUCCAUGCUGGUUGCAGCGAGUUCAUACGCAAGCGCAGAAGGAUACAACAACGCCUCAGUGCCUGCGGGGACGGCUUUGACGCUGAGCCUGAGGCAUGCGCCCCGGUGGAACCCAGUGAUGGUCGUCUAGUCGCUUGUCCGGCUUGCUUGUGCCCCAUUCAACGACUCGUACCGCUGUUCCUUAACAGCAGUAAUACCCCCGGGGUCGGCGACACCAGUGGAUAUGGAGGUGCCGGCAACAUUCGGCAUGAUGGUGAUGAGGGGGAUGUUAUCGGGCAAGACAUAAGUCAACGGGUUGUGGGAGAUGGAAGAAGUGGCGACACGAUGUUGCAGUUUAAGCAGGUUUUCUACAGACAGCAGUCGUUCAUUGAAAAGAUGAGUGAGCUGUGUAAACAGCGGGAGAACGUGGCGCAGUUAACCAGGUCAUGUGCAAUGCUGCACGCACGCCGCACAGAUUUGGAGAGCGAGAUAGAGAGGCUCUCUAGCAUAAUUCCGAACGUAAUGGCCUCUGCGAACACACCCCGGUUGAACGGUGACAAACCUCCAGUAGAGCACAUGACGGCGACAGAACUGGAGCUCUAUAUCACUCAGUCUUCAGCAGAGUUGAGCAACUUAGAACGCGAAUUACGUGAUCAGCGAUCGGCCACGGAGAAAAAAAUAAAAAAAGCAAAAGAACUUCAAACGAAGUACCGCAGAAUGAGGGCAACUGUGCUUGCGGACGUAAAGAAGGAUAGCUACGUCGGUAUUCACUGUGAAGAGAGUGAGCGCAAAACUCCGGUGGAAGAGGGUUCUUUGCUCCUGACUUGUAGCAGUGAUGUAGAGAACGAGGUCGUGCGCUAUAGUGAACGCCCUCACGCUUUAUCUGCUCCGGCUUCGGACACCGAAGAAGCUGUCAUGAGGAAACAUGCGUUAAUAAUCUCUUCCGGAAGCAGUUGUUGCAGUACCUCUGAUGUUGAGGAGGUGAAGCAUGUGGAAAGGGGCGCUGAAGAGAUUUCUCUGGAUGAUGGUGACGGUGAUGAUGAUGUUAUCAUUAUUGAUGACUCGCCCCAGCCUCGAUCAUCAAGGUUGACGAGAGGCUCGUGGGGUCGUGUUGGCAGCGAAUACAAUCGCGGUAGAGGCUCAGCUGGUCAGCAGGGCCUUGCGAAUGAUAGAGCUGAACUGUUAGAUGAAGACGAUGUGAUGUGGCACCCACAGGCGCAGCGCACCCGGCCGAUGUUCAGUCAAACGGUGUCCACACCGCGUGCUUCGCAGUUUCUGCCUCGUCGAGUCGACCGUCUUUUUCAGUCGUCGCUGGAGGGUUUUCGGUGA